AUGCGGAUUCGCCUACAGCCUCGCAGGACACCUCAAUGUAAGCGACCCCCAGGUAAGUUGAAUAUUACCUUGUUGUCCUUGUCUGCUCACCGUCUUCAUUUCAGCAAUGAGCUAGCUCGAUGGUUAGCCAACCUUCCAGUCGCCGCUGCCGACGAGGCCCCCUACGAGAACGCCUCCGUGGAGAACCGAUUGUAUCAACUACAUGGCACAGUCCAGUCGGCCGCUCUAACUGUCCUCGGUCGCGUAAGUCGCCAGCAUCAGGACUGGUGCGACGAAAAUGACGCCGUCAUCAAAAAAUUACUCGCCGAGAAGAACCGACUGCAUAAAGCCUACGUAGACCGCCCCACGGACGACAACAAAACAGCCUUUUACAGUAGCCGCCGCGUUGUGCAACAGCAACUGCGUGAGAUGCAGGACGCUUGGGUGGCUCGGAAGGCCAAGGAGAUCCAAGUAUACGCGGACCGCAACGAAUAG